ACGAGAAAGAAAGAGAGGUAUAAAAGGUAGAAGGAAGGAUUUUGAUUCAGUUUUGGUUGCUAGUACUACAUCCUCUGGGGACAGGGAUCACAUACAGCCAUACAGGCAUCAUUGAAUCAGAUUAACGUUGAAUUGAUCCUUACAAAGAAGAAAUUAAAAAUAAAAAAGAAGAAGAGAGCGAGUUUUUGAGGCCGAAGAUGCUUGUAGAAUGUGGAAGGAAAUUGGAGGCAGAGAAGUGGGUAAAAUCCGCCCAAAUUCUUUCACGAAUCGGAUUAAAUCCAAUCGAAUCUCCACUCUACAACUCUCCAAUUACAAAGACAUAGUUUCUCCUCAUAAAGGCUCUAUCAACUCUCUUCAGGUUGAUCUGACAGAGGGACGAUAUUUAUUAUCGAGUGCAUCAGAUGCAUCAGUGGCUGUCUAUGAUGUUCAACGGCCCACACAUCAUGAAGGAGGUGGUGUUAUUGCAAAGCACAAGAGUGUAUUUGUUGUUGAUAAGCAGCAUCAACACGGUCAUAAGUACGCCGUAUCCUCGGCCGUAUGGUAUCCUAUUGACACUGGCCUAUUUAUAACGGGAUCCUAUGAUCAUUGUGUAAAAGUAUGGGAUACUAAUACUACUCAGGUAGUCAUGAAUUUCAAAAUGCCUGGAAAGGUUUAUAGAAAUGCCAUGUCUUCAUUGGCAACAUCCCACAUGCUAAUUGCUGUUGGAACUGAAGAUGUUCAAGUUCGCCUUUGUGAUAUUGCCUCUGGGGCAUUUUCCCACACAUUGUCUGGUCACCGUGAUGGCAUAAUGACAGUAGAAUGGUCUACAUCCAGUGAGUGGGUUUUAGUAACAGGGGGAUGUGAUGGUGCUAUACGUUUUUGGGAUAUCAGACGUGCUGGAUGUUUUCGUGUUUUGGAUCAGUCUCAGUCUCAGCUAGGGAGACGCCCACCUCUCAUGGAGCGCACCAGCAUGAAUAAGGUUUCAACAUCAAAGUCCUUGUCAGCAGGUCAAAAUUUAUCCAUAAAACCAAAGGCAGCACAAAGGAGGUCUGCUAAUGGAAAUGGUUUAAAGCAGUCACUUGUUGGUCGAAACCCAGUCAAGGGAUCUGUGAAGCAGAGAUUGCAUCCAGGGAUGUUGUCUGGUCAGGAUCGUGCCACUGCUCAUUAUGGUGCUGUUACUGGCCUGAAAGUAACUGAGGAUGGAAUGUAUCUCCUCAGUGCAGGGUCUGAUUCAAGAAUAAGGUUGUGGGACCUGGAAUCUGGCUGCAAUACACUUGUGAACUUUGAAACCGUUCGCUUACAAACCAGCAAGGCAAUACAGUUAGCAACAUCACCCGAUCCAGCUCUUGCUUUUGUUCCAUGCAUGACAGCUGUUAAAGCAUUUGAUGUUUGGACAGGUAAGACAUGUUUGGCAUUUCGCGGCCAUUAUGAAUUUGUCAAUUGUUGCUGGUUUAGCUCCCAGGAUCAGGAACUGUACACAGGUGGCAAUGAUAGACAAAUUCUUGUCUGGUCUCCAUCCAAAUCUAGUUCUGAUGACAUGGAUUUAGGGCCUGGGCAGGAUCACGAUAACUGGAGCGAUUGACUUUUGCUGCUGUAUAAACAAGUUCCAUAUAUUGAGAUCAUCACCAUCUAAUUUGUACACGCACAAUAACUCGUCAAAUAUGUACAAUCUUUGCGGUUUCAUGUAUAUGCUCGGUAUUUGUUUGUUUGACAUUAUAUUUUUGGUCAGUUUUUUGUGUAGAAAUUGGGUUAAUGUACAUGUUUAAUAAUAAAAUCCCUCCUUCCAAUUGCCAAUACAUAUAUUAU